UGUCUCUCAGGGACUCUCAGCCUGCUCUCCCUCCGCGGCCUCCACCUGUGUGCUGUCCAACUUGUGCACUCAGACAACCAAGAACCAUGGCCCAUCAACAGCGGAUCAGCCUCCCAGCCAAACUGAUCAAUGGAGGGAUUGCAGGGAUGGUGGGAGUCACCUGUGUGUUUCCAAUUGACCUGGCCAAGACCCGCCUGCAGAACCAGCGCAGCGGGCAGCAACUUUACAAGAACAUGAUGGAUUGCCUAAUAAAGACAGUAAAAUCUGAAGGCUUCUUUGGCAUGUACAGAGGUGCUGCCGUAAAUCUCACCCUGGUGACCCCAGAAAAGGCUAUCAAGCUAGCUGCUAAUGACUUCUUCCGCCAACAGUUGAGCAAAGAUAGUGGCAAGUUGACGGUGCUCAAAGAGAUGCUGGCAGGAUGCUGUGCAGGAAUGUGCCAGGUCACUAUCACCACACCCAUGGAGAUGCUCAAGAUCCAGCUGCAAGAUGCUGGCAGGCUAGUGGCCCAGCAGAGGGUGGUGCCCAGUGUGGUCACAACUCUGAAGAUGGGGGGCACCAGUCCGGUUAUUAGCCGUUCUUACAACACCAGGCCUGCACCUCAAGUCAUGCGAGUUUCCGCCAUACAAAUCACCAGAGAGCUGCUUAGGACCAAAGGUGUCCCAGGACUGUACAAGGGGCUCGGGGCCACGCUGAUGAGGGACAUCCCUUUCUCCGUUGUGUACUUCCCUCUUUUCGCACAUCUGCACCAGCUCGGCCAGCAUUCAAAAGAAGACCCGUCCGUGCCCUUCUAUUGGUCCUUCAUGUCAGGCUGUUUGGCUGGAUGCGUUGCUGCAGUGGCCGUCAGCCCUUGUGACGUGGUUAAGACAAGGCUACAAUCCCUCAAAAAAGGAGCUAAUGAGGAAACCUACAGCGGAGUGGUGGACUGUGUCAGAAAGAUCCUGAUAAAGGAGGGUCCCAGAGCAUUCCUGAAGGGGGCUGGCUGCCGGGCCCUGGUUAUCGCUCCGCUCUUCGGCAUUGCCCAGGUUGUGUACUUUGUUGGAGUGGGAGAGUUCCUGCUGGGGUACACCCCCUACACGAUCUGCUCUGCAUAAACAACAAGACGUUUUUUUUGGUCUUUCUGCCGCCUCAUUAAAUACCAGGCAGCUAUGGAACAAGCUCUCGAUUACUUUGAACAUAUUUAUUGUUGGAGGUUUUCAGAGUCUAAAUAAAGCGCUAAAGGGACCAGAGAGACGCCCUUUUAUCUCACAAUGGCUUCAGAUUAGGCCUUUAGUACGACUGUCUGUUAUUGAGGAGGCAGAGCUGGAAACGUACCAGUCUAUAUAGGCUUUAAUGGAGCUUAAGUCUUCUCUCACUGAGGAACUCGAUGGUGGAACGUUGAUCACCAGUUUACCCAUAUCCGACUUGACUUGGCUGCGUUGGCACCAAACCCCUUAUCCCCAUUUCCUUAAAUGGUUUAAAAGGGUUACGAGUGAAACAGACCAUGGAGGUUGAAUCUGGUCUUUGUACGGUAGAUAGUGUAUUUGAAAGCAGAUAUAGAUAUCAAAUAUAUAUAAUUUAUAUAAAUAACAACAAAUUGGUUUCCCCAUGCUGUAGUCUUAACAAAGAGAAAUUCCCUGAUUGGACAACGAGUGUUUCGGGUCUUUUCCCAGCCUCCAAAUAAUUGACCCACUUUCAUUGGGCUCUGUGAAUAUUUCUGUGGCAGCCAACACAUCUCUGAUUACAUAACUUUUAAGUUUGAAGCUCUGCAGCCGAAUGGCUCAGCGAGGCCUUCUGCAGUGGACUAAUUGGAGAAGGCGGUGUUGUUUUAUUGGUUGGGAAGCAGGGCGAUGAUGGAUGAGACUUUAUCAACAGAAACUGCAGUGCUUUCGGGACCAAGUCGCCUGGAUACAAAGCGCUACUUGACCUACACUUGGUCACUUUCUCUCCAAUUGACUGUGGUUGUCUGACACCGAUCGGGACUCAGAGACUGAGGUGCUCACAUGGAUGCAGGACGUCAGGCUCUCAGAAGCAGGGCGCUGUGAUUCGUUGGGCUGUGCUCUCUCUCUGAUCAAAGUAUUGUUUAACAAUCUUACAGAUGUAAAAUAUCAGAUCUAAAUAAACCUACUCAAACUGUGCAAGUUGAUUUCAAAUGAAAAGUUUCAAACAUUUAGAAGGUGAUUAUUUAUUAUCCAUUUCAUUUCGGACUUACACAUGUAAAUACAGAUUUCAAUACACUGAAUAAAUAUCUAAAAAUGCA